AUGAAACUUGAUACAACUAACCUAAGGUAUUUGACACAAGAUGACUUUAGGGUGCUACAGUCUAUUGAGCAAGGAACCAAGAAUCAUGAGUUAGUUCCUACACAAUUAAUACAUUCAUUAUCCGGAUUGAAGUCACCAGCAAGGACAAAUAGGGCUAUUGGGGACUUGGCCAAACUUAAGCUUAUAUCUAGACUUAGAAACGCUAAAUAUGACGGUUUUAGGCUUGGUUUUUCUGGAUAUGAUUUUUUGGCUUUGAAGUCUAUGCUUAAAAGAGAGACUUUGUAUUCAGUGGGAACUAAAAUUGGAGUAGGUAAAGAAUCCGAUAUUUAUUCGGUAAGCGACACGGCAGGUACUCAGAAAGUCUUAAAGAUACAUAGAUUGGGAAGAACGUCGUUCCGUACGGUGAAAAACAACCGUGAUUAUUUAAGAAGUAAGCAUUCUUCGAAUUGGAUGUACUUAUCGAAAUUAGCUGCUAAUAAGGAAUAUCAAUUCAUGACUGUACUUUAUGAGCACGGCUUUUCCGUUCCAGAGCCCUUUGACUAUUCUAGGCAUUGUGUAUUAAUGGAGUGGAUUAAAGGAGUACCCAUGAAGCAACUACGCGAGAGCAGCUGUUAUAAAAAGUUAUAUUCUGACUUAAUGCGUUUUAUUGUAGAGCUAGCUAAUCACGGUUUAAUACAUUGUGAUUUUAACGAGUUUAAUAUCAUUAUAUGUGAGAAGGAUGGAGACGUUAAGGAUAGUCUGAAGUUCAUUGUCAUUGAUUUCCCUCAGUGUGUCUCAAUCGAACACACUGAUGCUAAGCGAUACUUCGACAGAGAUGUAGAUGGAAUAAGGUCUUACUUCAAGAAAAGAUUCAAGUAUGUCCCUGAGCAUGAUUCCACUAUGUAUGAAACGGAUGGUUAUGGGGAUGGUUAUAGAUAUGCAUACCCCAAUUUCAAAAGAGAUGUUCAUCGAAGUAAUACGUUAGACGUUGAAGUCCAAGCUUCUGGAUACUCAAAAAAGAAGCUCACCAAGAAGGAAGAUAAAGAUCUAGAAGGUGCUGUAAGAGAAAUGAGAAUCAAUGAUGACUCGGAAGACUCAGACAACCAAAGUGAUCACUCUGAGAUUGACAUCGAAAAUUCAUAUGAUGACGAAUCUGAAGACGACUACUCCUAUGACGAAGAUCUUGAAGACGAUUUUGAACGAAACGACGAAGAUGAUGUCAAUAAAAAUGAAAAAAUUAUUGAAGCUAUAUCGUCAGGUUCUGAUAAUUUAAAAAUGGAUAAACUUGGAAAUUAUAUUUUGGAGGAUUCCCAGUAA